AUGAUGCGCUCAGAGCCACGAUUCGAUCCAAAGCGGAAACGUAUCGACCAUAAGAAGACCCAGUUUGCGACUGCAUCCUACAAAGAGAUCGACUAUUCCCACCGGCUCUCUUUCUACGAUGUUCCUCCCACGCAGGAAAUCACUCUGGAAGAGUUCGAGACUUGGGCUAUCGACAGGUUGAGAAUCCUUGCCGAGAUCGAAGCUUGCUCGUUCAGAAACAAGUCCCAAGAAGAGACGUCUGCUCAUCUAGAACCUUUGCUCAAGAAAUACCUCCCCCUCUCAUCCAACUCAGCAGCCCGGGGGGGGGUUCUGGACCAAAACUUAAAGAAUCAACGACGCAAAGACCAUUACUCCCACUACAUUCUCAGGCUUGCCUUUUCAAGAACGGAAGACCUCCGCAGACGCUUUGCCAGAGUCGAAACCAUGCUCUUUCGACUUCGUUUCCAGUCAGACGACAGAGAUGAACGUAAGGCCUUUGUCGAUAGUUUAAACAUGCCUUGGGAAAAGGCCCAAGAGGAAGAAAAGAGAGCAUUGGGCGAGCAACUUCUAGCCGCUACACCUGGUCUCCGGCGUCUUGAAGGAGAAGACUUUUUCAAAGUGGAUUGGACCCGUGUGCCAGACCUCGUCGAGCAUCGAACAGUCCUUGUACGGAAAGGCAAAGCAUAUGUGCCCAUGCGCGAACAGGCCAGUAUGGUGCUCACAGAGUUCACAAGUCGCCUAGACAAAGGUCUAGAGCUCACGGCGCGCAAUCUGCCGCGACUCGACGAAGAUGACCGCCUAUCUCCCAUUCUCGACCACCUUUCCAAAAAUUUCGCAACUCCCGACGCCGGUUACUCCGACUCGGACUCUUCUCUCGCCGGCGCUGCCAUCACCGCGGCCAACAUUGACAACCUCUCACAGCAUUUCCCCCUCUGUAUGAAACACCUGCACAACACACUCCGGAAAAACAGCCACCUGAAGCACUAUGGUCGACUGCAGUACACGCUUUUCCUCAAGGGCAUAGGGCUCACUCUGGAAGAUAGCCUCAUCUUCUGGAGGCAGGCGUUUAAACUCAUUACCGAUGACCAAUUCAAUAAGGAGUACCGCUACAAUGUCCGCCACGCAUAUGGCGAUGUAGGCGGUGACGCAAACCGUCGUGGGCGAGGCUAUUCGCCAUACUCAUGCCAGAAGAUCCUCACGGAACAUCCGCCCGGCACGGGUGAAGCCCAUGGUUGUCCCUAUAGACACUUCAGCGUGGACAAUCUCACCGCCAUGCUUCAAGCCACGGGAGUUCAUGAUCGCGACGUUUUGAGAGGUGUCAGGGAAGAUGUCGAGAAGAAAAGAUUUCACAUCGCGUGUAACCGUGUGUUUGAGUGGGCCCACAAGCAAGAAAUUAAGAAAGUAAAAGAGGAAGGUAUAUGGGGCCCCGCCGAGCUGGAGACGAUUGUGCACCCGAAUACUUACUUCAAGAGGAGUUACUUAUUGAAGAACCUGGGGAAUUCAGCAAAGCAGGAUGUCAAGUUGGAGGAUUGA